AAAAAAAAUUGUUUUUUGAUAGCUGAUAGAAAAUAAAAUUUUAUGAAAAUGUUUACUACACCUAAAAAGCAUAACCUAUCAAAUAAUUGUAACACAUCCGCAAUGAUUACGAAUCGUUAUAAGCUAUCAAAUUCCACCCCUAAUCUAACCGUUCAUAGCAGUAACAAUAAUAGUAAUAAAAGGACUUCUACUGCCGUCUAUGAAAAUGGUUUAAUGUACGGUUCAAUUUGUAAUGCAGACAGUGUUAGUAAAUUAAAUCGAACAUUACCAACAAGACCGGAAAAAGAAAUUAAUAAUGCCGGCAGCAGUGGACUUAAUAAACAGAAUCACUGUGAAAUAAAUAUCGUGCAUAGCGAGGAUUUAGCUAUGGAAAGUACAGCUUUACUAGCAAACACACUCUCACCGGAUAAUAUAUCACAAAGUGACCAAAACAACACCACCACCACCGUACACGAUGAAUUGAAACAAUUAGAACAGGACAGUGAUUUUUUAGAAUCGAGUAUUUACAGUGAACUGCAAUUUCCACCCUCGAUGUAUGAUACCGACGGUGUUUGUGUUGAUGAUGACAUCGUUAGCGUUAGGAUAGCAUCUCCUGUCAGUUUACCACAAACACCCACCAACACCAACGGUCGCGCACAACAAAUCAAGCGUAUUAAACGAAAACAUAGAACAAAAUCAAAAUGUAGCGCCACUGCGGCUGCUCUUUUGGCCAACCAAAGAGCUUCACCCACUUAUCCGCCACGUUAUACUGCCAUUUAUGUGGGUUCCUCACACAAUCAGCCUGAUAAUCGGUUAACGGCAAAUCAUGGCAACGGCAAUGCCGCAACAAACGCAUUCGGGCAGAUAGUUAGUGCGGCAGCCGCCUCACCAUUUCUUAAUGCAGCACCUGUUGCACCCAAUGGAACAUAUAUUGAACAAUUUCAAUAUCAUCAGCAAAGGCCUAUGAUAACAAGUAUGACAACAUUAGGACGCCAUCGUCAUCAUAGAGCUUUGUAUAAUGUUGGAGCUUUAAGUACCAAUAUCGUUACGGAGGCCGAGUUAAAUACAGCAACAAGUUUAUCUGCUUUGCCGUCCACGGGGCUAUUCUCAACUUUAAGUUUUAAUUUACGUAAGUUAUGUUCACGACCAUCGCUACCCCUGGUAAUUGGUGUAUUGGCCUUGGGUGGCGUGGCUUGCACUCUCGUUGGUAUUGUAUUAGGCUCGACCGGCCUAAUAGGACAUUCGACGCAAUACUUGAGUGCUGCCUUGCUACUAAUAGGCAUUGGGGUCUCAUUGCUAGUGAUAUCGGGAGCUAUAUGGCGUUUAAGUUUACCGGACGAUGUAAACGAAUGCCGUUGUUAUCGGCGCAUGGAAAUCUGUCGUAAUUGUAACAGUCCAUUUUGUGAUAGUCGUGUAAUGACAGGCGGUUACUUAUAUCCCGAAUUUCAACAUCGACCGCCGCCUCCUUCCUACCUUACGUCGGUUAAUGAAUGUGGCGGUUUGAGUUUUUUAUUGCAUUCGAACAAUUUACGAAUAAAUACACCCCCACCAGUAUACCAAUCACAAAUCUCUUUAAGUACUACAACUCCAAGUAGCAAUACAAGUUUAUCUAAUACUGUAAAUGAUACGAGCACAACUUCUACAAACGUUCUAACCUCAAUAAUCAAUGAGACUAAUCACAAUAAUGCUGUGAAUAGCGCAACAGAUCAUUGUAACACCAACGUUCUUCAGACGAUUAGGGAAAAUCAAAAUGUGUCUACACAAACGCAUAAAAAAGAACUUAAUUACUUGGAAUUAGAUUAA